AUGGCAUGGAAGGGAAGAGUGUGUAACGUCGUCCGCAUGAAGUUGGGUCGGAGAUUGUGGCGAGAUUGUGGCCAGAGAUGCUUUGAGGUUGGGGCGAGAUUGUGGGCUUUUAAACCCCCCGUCGCAGAAUGGAGAGUGGGAGAGGUGGCUUUGCAAAAUGCCGCUUUGCCUGUCAUUAGGUAG